GACGUUAGAUCGCCAUUCAUGACUGAAUGCGAAUUCGCAGUGUUUUUGUUUCAAAAACAACAUUGUCGUAGUUAAAUUUAUUAAAUAUUUGGUCCGGCUUCUCAUAUUUGUGCAGUGAAUUCUACAUUUACGGACAACAAUAAUUUAGUCAAACAUGGAUGUGGGCGAACUGUUAUCAUUUAAGCCGGAGCAAACACCUAAAAGAACCUCAGAUUUUGAGGAUGAUGAUGACGACUCACCGGAGCGCCGGCCAGUUGCAACCGCUGCCCCUCCACCAAAAGUAAGACGCGAUGAGCAGACCCCGAACGUAAGGGCUAAAUUGCAGGUUCCUCAAAAGGAACCGCAGAUAAGUGAACAAGAAAGGUUGGACAUACUUAAAUUUGUCGAGACGGAGGAGCCUGAGGGUGAAGUUUUAGACGAAGCCGGGUUAAAAAAGAUUCUCUUGCUGUUUGAGAAACGUGUGCUAAAGAAUCAGGAGAUGAGAAUAAAAUUUCCCGAGAAUCCGGAAAAGUUCAUGGAAAGCGAAAUCGAACUCAACGAUGUAAUUCAAGAACUUCGUUCGGUAGCAACCGUCCCGGAUCUUUAUCCUCUACUAGUAGAUCUGAAUGGCGUCUCUAGUCUACUAGAAUUACUUUCUCACCAAAAUACCGAUAUCAGCGUAGCAGUAGUUGAUUUAAUUCAGGAAUUAACUGAUGUAGAUAUCUUGCACGAAAGUCUGGACGGGGCAGAGACGUUGAUUGAAGCACUUCGUAAUCAGCAAGCAGCUGGACUGCUAGUGCAAAAUCUAGAGAGACUUGAUGAAACUGUCAAAGAAGAAGCGGACGGAGUUCAUAACACUCUGGCUAUUUUUGAAAAUUUGAUUGAAAUAAAAUCGGAGAUUGCUAAGGAAGUUGCAGAACAGGGUCUUUUUCAAUGGAUUUUCAAACGAUUGCGGGUGAAGAUGCCGUUUGAUACCAACAAACUAUAUUGCAGCGAGAUUCUGUCUAUUCUGCUGCAGGAUACCCAUGACAAUAGAAAACUGCUUGGAAAUUUGGAUGGAAUUGAUGUCCUUUUGCAGCAACUUGCGGCUUAUAAACGUCACGAUCCUUCCUCCACCGAGGAACAAGAGUUUAUGGAAAAUCUAUUCAAUAGCCUUUGUUCAGCUCUGAUGGCAACUGAAAAUCGUGAAAAGUUCCUAAAGGGUGAAGGAUUGCAGUUAAUGAAUUUGAUGCUGCGAGAGAAGAAGUUAUCGAGGAAUGGGUCACUCAAAGUAUUAGAUCAUGCAAUGUCUGGUCCCGACGGGCGUGACAACUGUAAUAAGUUCGUCGAUAUUUUGGGUUUACGAACUAUAUUCCCGCUAUUUAUGAAGACACCGAAACGAAACAAAAAACGAUUACUGAGCACGGAUGAGCACGAGGAACACGUUGUCUCCAUCGUCGCCAGUAUGCUAAGAAACUGUAAGGGGGCGCAAAGACAACGCAUGCUAACAAAAUUCACAGAAAAUGAUUUUGAAAAGGUAGAACGACUGAUGGAACUGCAUUUCAAGUAUUUAGAAAAGGUCGAGCUGGUGGAUCACGAAAUUGACCAACAAAUUAAUACAGGUGAAUUGGAGGAAGACGAAGAUAUAAUUUACAUCAAGCGAUUAUCGGGGGGACUAUUUACACUACAGCUUAUCGACUACAUCAUCUUGGAGAUCAGUUCAACUGACGUUGUCAAACAGCGCAUACUGCAGAUCUUGAAUUUGCGAAAUGCCUCAAUGAAGACCAUACGACAUGUUAUGCGUGAAUAUGCUGGAAAUUUAGGUGAUGCUGGAGAUUCGGACUGGCGUGAACAGGAACAGGCACACAUUAUUCAACUAGUCGACCGUUUCUAGUUAGUCAGGUUGAAAGCGAAAAUAAAAGGUAUUUCAAAAUAAA